AAAAUCACAUUGCUUUCCAUAAUCCUUUAUCUUUACUACCUUUUGUUCCUUUGUCUUUCUUAACGUGUGUUUGGUACUUUUGUAAGAACUAAGAUCCACACCUUUACAGUUCAAUAUUGAAAGUUGUUUGAAAUUAGUGAACUUCAAUCCCGAUCAAGAGAAACUCAAUUGCAUUACAAUUUGAUGUCAGGAUCGAAAUUCAAAAUAAGUAACCGAUAAACUUAUAACGAGACUAAUUAACUACGGGUAAACUUAUCACCAAACUUUCUUUUCUUUUUUUAAUUUUGGAGACUUCUUUACAUAAUCAAAGGCCGGAACGGCCACAAAGGCGUCGAGCUGACAUUUUCUUUUAUAUAGAAUGAUAUCAAUAAUUGGAAUUUCUGUACUAAUAGUCGUAUAUCAAAUAAUAUAAGAAUAAAAAAGUAAAUGAAUUAUGUUUUGUGUUGCUUUAAAAACAAAAAUAAGUUUCCUUAUAAAAUAGGUAGUGACGCGUUUAUAAUACAAUAACUCAUCAUAGUUACAAAGGUCGAAGACAUUUCAAAGUUCAAAAAUAAAUUAUUUUCUUUCUGCUUUAAACAGUCUUUGAACAAUUUUCACAGGUUCAUAACUUGAAUAUAUCAACAGUGUGUCCCUAAUUAUAAUAAUAAAACAUACUUAUAUUUAUUUCAAUUCCCGUUUGAAACAAGAUUACCUAUGGUAUAUUGGCUGUUUACAAACAAGUACACAACACGUGUUAUCUAAAAUGCUCGACCAAACCAACUGCAUUAUCGUGUUUAUUAAUUGCAACAAAAUCACUAGAUAUGUUUAUCGCUUACAUUUAUUUUGGAGACCGUGCCCGAUUACAAAAUAAAUUUACACAUCAAAUUUUAUGUCUAUCGGGCACGGUCUCCAAUUAAAAUGUAAGUGAUAAACUUAAAUAAUAUUCAGUGAAUUUUUACACCUUAAUGUAUUCAUCCGCCAUUUCUUAUUUAAGCAAAUUUAUACUUAUGCAAUGAGUUGUCAAUAACCAGGGAGGCAAAGUUGGGUUUUUUGUACACAAUUUAGUUGAAAAAAUGGAAUAAAAAUCUUGUAAUACUUUUAAGACUACGUUUAAUACUUUAAGGAACUUAUUUCUUAUGCGCAUUUAAAAGGCGGUGCAGAGCAUGAUUUUUUGGACGAUUGCCAAUCCAGACGAUCGCUAGAAGGCUGCCGAGCAUUAGCUCGACGCCUUAAAAAUGCACUUGUCCAGUCAGACAAGUGCCCAGCAAUAUUCACCUGUCCGUAUUUCUUUUUAACUGGUACUGGACAAGCGUUAAUGUCGAGCCCUGAUUCAAGUGGGAAAGUAGAAUGUUUCAGGUACUGUAGUAGCCCAUAUUGCAUUGAACUCAUUCAACUGACUGGUCAGAAAAGUUAACAGAUAGCUAGAUAAAUGGACAACGGACAAAAUGUAAUCAGAAAAGCUCACUUAAGCCUUUGGCUCAGCUGAGCUAAUAAAAGUGAAAUAUAAGCAAUAUAAUAAUAGAAGGAUCUUCUGUUGCAGACAGAAAACCUUAAUACACAGAACAAUUCCAAUAGGUCUUUCCACAAAAAGGGGAAAAAACUUUGAAUUAUGGUAUUGAAAAAUAUAUCAUUUGUCAGACACCAUUGUCUUGUCCCAAUACUUUCUAUUUCCAUCCCCGGAAGAGUUAUUGUUCUUUGUGCGCUCUCCUGUGAAAAAGUAAAAAAUUGCACACUUCUCGCGAGAUUUCUGGGACAUUCCGUAACAACGCGUAAACAAUGUAAAAAGUUCGCGGUGAAUAUGACAGAAAUAUGCCGGUGAGGCAUUGUAUUGCUGUUGGCUGUACAUCGGACAGCAGAAAAGACAAAGAUGAACGUUUUUAUCAAUUACCUAAAGUGGAAUGUACUCUUAAAAGAUGGUUGAACCUUAUUCGACGAGAGGGAUUAAAUGUCGAUCCGAACGUAGACAAUUGACACAACGUUGUUUGUUCUAAACAUUUUGUAGAUGGUUGCCCAACAUUUGAAAACCCCUUGCCCACUUUAUUUGUGUACAAUAAUUUUAAGCAAAGCACACCCAGAAAAACGAAAAACUCUUAUCAUGGUAGGACAGCUGAUAUCAAGUGUAACACUAACAGUACUGCAAACGAACCAUUUCCUAAAAGAGCAAAGCUUGUUAAUUAAAUGCCACACGGACAAAACCCAGUUGUGCUAUCCGUAUGUUUCUGGUGAGAUUGACAUCUCAGACUGCAACACAGAUGAGAAUAAUAAUGAAACAGCUGUGGGAGUUUUAUCCUACCCUGAAGUGACACAAGAUCAUGAAUACAUUUGUCGCAAUCCAAAUGGUAAAUACUGCAGAGCGGAGGAACUAGUGGAGAGAAUUAGGAUUUUGGAAGCUAAAUGUGAGGAAUUACACUAUGAAAAUAAAAGGCUGAGGGAAGAAAAUGAAGAAUUGAAGGCACGGAAAGUUAAUUUCAGAGAAGAACUGCUGAAGAAGGUGUUGCAGGAUGAUAAUAACGUGAAACAUUUCCUUGGACUACCAUCACUCUGCUUUUUUACAACCUUUCUACAGUUCCUGUCAACAUUCUAUGGUAAAGUUGCAUUUUGGAAGGGAGCAGGGCGGUCUGGAUCUAAGAUCUGGCAGGAAAAAGAGCAACAAAAGCCUGGUAAAAAGAGAAAACUCUCAAUGUUAGAAGAAUUUGUGAUGAUUAUGAUGAAAUUAAGACUUGGUUUGGAUAAUUUAACUUUGUCUGUGCUUUUUGGUGUAUCUGUGGGCCAUGUUUCAAUCUUAUUCAACACCUGGAUUAAUUUUCUAGCACAGAUUCUUGAGUCAGUUAUCAAAUGGCCAUCUAGUGCUAAAAUCAGGAAGCAUUUGCCUUUGUCAUUUAAACUUAAAUACCCCAAAACCACCUCUAUUAUUGACUGUACUGAAAUAUUUAUCCAAAAGCCAAAGAACUGUUCUGCUCGAUCAAGUACAUGGAGCAACUAUAAAUCCCACAACACUCUCAAAGCACUUGUUGCUAUUCAGCCAAAUGGUGCAUUUACUUUUGUUUCAAAGCUGUGGAGUGGGAAUAUAAGUGACAGGAAGAUAACUAUUGACAGCAAAUACCUUGACAACAUUUCCCCCGGUGAUGAAGUAAUGGCUGAUAGAGGAUUUCAGAUUAGAGACCUUUUAACUUUAAAAGGAGCAUACCUUAACAUGCCUAAACAUGCCACCAUUCACUCGCGAGUGGAAAAAUGGAAUAGGAAGAGUGCUUACUUCUAAACAAAUUAUAGAGACUCGAAAAAUUGCUUUUUUUGAGAAGAAGAUUUUUAAAAAUGCACCCCCCUUUUUCUACAGUUUCGAUGUUUUCUCCGCUUUGAAUAAAGAUUGGUCUUUCAUUUUUGCAAUUUAUAUUAACCUUCCCAUAAGAAUGCUUUGUGCCAAAUUUGGUUGAAAUUAGCCAAGCGGUUUUAGAGAAGAAGUUCAAAAUGUAAAAAGUUUACAGACGGACAGACAGACGGACGGACGGACAGACGGACGACGGACAAAAGGUGAUCAGAAUAGCUCACUUGAGCUUUCAGCUCAGGUGAGCUAAAAACUAUCCAAAUAACUUCGAGUCAGAAAGCAAAAUAACAUAAUUUUUAAAUUAUUGUACGUUGAAUAAGUGAAUACAA